GCAAGAGCCAGGACAGCAUGGCAUCAUCGGCCAAAGAGAGGCUUCGCGAGGCCAUGAAGCACGGCAGGUAUGAGUAUGCAAACCCGGGACGGGACGGGCAGGCUCGGCUGCGCGUCUUUCACAAGGGGCAAGUGUUCCUGACGGACCACAGCGGCAAGAAUCUCAUCUGCUCCUGGAGAAUCAACGGGGAAGAGGAGAGAGAAGCUGAGGUCCUCGACUCAGGGGCCACCCACACCGUCAUCGUCGUUGACCACAGCGGGUCCAUGCGGAAGAACGACGUGCUAGGAUACGAGUCGAGGAUCUCCGCGGUGUAUGACUGUCUGAUCCGAGAUCACAUCCAGCCGAGGGUGGAGCUGCUGCGAGGGAAGGGGCCGCUGCAGGAGAAGCACGUCAUCUCCCUUGUGCACAUGUCCACUGAGCCGACGAUCGUCCUCCGCAGGCAUCCCAUCAACGAGGAGCUGAUCCCUAUGAUCAGAGCCACCAUCAGCUCGCCGAGGUGCCAUGGCCAUUAUGUCCCUGCGCUGGAUGCUGUGCUCGAACUGCUGAAGCUGUCGAGAGGAAGUAAGGAGAAGCUCUUCCUCUUCUUCUUGAGCGAUGGCGUACCGAGCGAUCACGUCGACAGGGUCUGCUGCCAUGGCGUCUUCGUCUGGAAGUCGAUUCCUUCCCACUACACCAGCAAGCCGUCACUCCGUAGGUGCCCGGGGAACGCCCGGUGCCGGCGAGCGGUGGUGGAGGAGGUGACGUCAGAGUGUCUGGACAAGAUGAUGAUGAUUGGAGACAUCUACGGUCGAGAUCGAGUGUUUGUUUGCACGGUUGCCUUCGGGCCCAGCAACGAGGACUACGAGGUCCUUGAGAAGAUGUCGAAGGUGCUGCCCAACUCUUCCUUCCAGAAGCUGGGGCUGUCGUCCAACUGCUUGCGGACGGCCUUUUCCUCUCUCACCAGCACCGUCACUUCGCUCUGCAACGAGUUGGCUGGUGCCUCCCUCAGCAACAGGAACGUCGAGCGAGACACGUCGGACAGGGGGGCGGCGAGCACAGACACUGUAGACUUGCGUCGCGGCUGGGACCUCUACGUGGUGAGGCCUGCGGGGAGGACAAGCGGGGCCGGAGAAAACAUGACUAUCACUGCCAAGUACAAGUGGAACUUCACCACCAAGUCGCUGGAGCCAGGGGGAGGUCUGGUGACGCGACAGGGCCCGCGGCUGGUCGCCAAGUCGUCCAUCUACAUGGAGCUGGCGAACACGCUGAAAGAUAUCUUACCCUCCUUCCACGUGCAGAGCGAUGCGCAUGCCAUGUCCGUGCUCUUCAACCGGCGGCUUCAGGGCCCUGCUGCCUGGAACAUUCACUUCAUCCCCUGCUUCGCCUACGAGCUGCGGGACGACAGCUUCAAGGACGGAGUCGCCUGGGUCUACGUGGAGGAGGAGCUGGAGGGCAACUUUGUCAAGUGGAACAACAACAAUGGGUUCGUGCGGCGCUCGCGCAAGGCCAAGGAAUGUCUCGUCUGCGGGGACAACCCACGGCAGAUACGCCUCUCCUGCGGUCACGCGAUCUUCUGCCUCGAGUGCCUCAGGAACUUCCAGGUCGAGCAUGACAAGUGCCCUGUCUGCCGCAAGACCAUCGAGCCGCACAAGAACAAGCUGCUCGACGCCUCGAGCUCCCGCGACUCCUCGACCUACGUCGCUCCUGCCGCUGACAGAGGCCUCGGAGCGAUUCUUGAAGAGGCAGAGGACGAAGAGGAGGAGGAGGACGAGGGAGAAGCAGUCUUGACGCACGAGCACGACAACGAGGUGAUCUGUGUCGACGAUCUCCCUCAGUGCUUCUCCCACUUCACUUACCAAGUCAGCGACGGCCAUACGCUCGUCUGUGACCUGCAGGGAGUCUGGAACCCCGUGGACGGUUUCUUGCUCACAGAUCCUGCCAUUCACACCGACAAAAAAUUGGACGGGUGGAAGCACAGAUCGAACAAGCGGCAGGAGGGGAUCAAGACGUUUUUCCAGAGUCAUACAUGCAACAUCUUCUGCAGGAAACUUGGGCUGAAGAUGCCAAACCUUUAG